AUGGAACGGGCCGGUCCUGGCUGGAAGCCGACGGGUCGGGUGCGACGCGGCGGCGGCGGCGUGCAGCGGUCGCGCAGCGUGGAAGGCCCGGGGAUGGCGACGGAUCGCGAGUUUGCAGACAACGGCGGCGGCGGUGCCGCCGGAAAUACGCAGCGCCACGUGAUGGUUAGAGCGGCUUCGCGCGAUGACAGUUGGGAAGCGCUGGAGCAGCAGUGUCGGCGCAUGGAGGCGGUGGGGUUGCGCAUUGACAACAUCGACCUCACUUGCCUCGACGCGGAGCCCGCUCCGCACUCCCCGCAGUCGGCGCAGUCGGCGCAGUCGGCGCGGUCGCUCGCGCUGGCUCGGCUUUCCGCCGCCACCGCCGGCGCGCCAGCCAAUGGCCCUGACGGCGCGCCAGAUGUCGGGGAAACGCGCCACGACUCGUGGCGUGCGCCUGCGGGGGAGCGGAAGAGCGAAUGGGGGGAGGCGGCGGAAGGGCAGGAAGCGGGGGAGGGGACGGGGGAGGCGCACGUUAAAUACGCUUUCAGCUUAGUUCCUACGCCGCGCGCAAAGCGCGAUGAAAACUCCCAAUGGUCAGACGAUUCGUUACAGGUGCAACAUCCUGACGGAUCGGAUUUGCCGCGGCCUCGUGCCCCUUCGUUAGACGGCGGCGCUGACGUAACAGAACCCGAAGGCUCUCUCGAUUUCGCCGCGAUAUUUGCUAACGGCACGCGCGAUAGAGUCACACUGCCUGGGGAUGCUCCCCCGCCGUCCGCGCCGCCUGUGUUGGUCUCCGCAGCAGUGUCAGCUCAUAAGGGCGGAAAUGCCCCCCCUUCUCCAUGCGCCCCUGUCUUGCUACCCGGGGUGAUUUACUCUGCAAAUAGAGACUGUACCACCGGUUCGCUUGGACAGGGCCUUCCGACACCAGUGCAGACGGUUACGAACGACAUCAGCACCACCCAUUUUGCCGCAACAGGACAGUUUUCCCAUGGCCCACCCGAUUCCAUGCACCAGUCUUCGCUCCGCUCCCCCCAUUCCUCCGCUCACUCCUCCCCUUACUCCUCUCUCUCCGUCCUCCCUCCCUCCUCCUCCACAGUCUCUUAUGACCACACACUCCCCUCUCGGUCCGCAAUCCCUACGCAGGCCUCCUACUCCCCCACCUCCUCCACUUUCCACUCCUUCGCCUCCCCUGCUUGCGCCUCCCCCCUUGGUGCCUCCCCCGCUUGCACCUCCCCCAUCUCCGCCACCCACGCUCCUCCCUUUCCCCCCACCAUGCCCAGGCCUGCCCGGCAACCUGCCCGGGGCGUUCAUCGCAGGAGCAGCUCGCUUUCGGUGCUGACCGAGAAUCUGCCUGGGGUGGCACCUGCAGCCUUCAACUCCCCCUGCAGCAUCAGGCCAGCACACACACACCUGUCCGCAUCCACUGUUGUCUCUCGACCGUCAGCAGAGAAACCCCCGACGCCUCGUAAGGCCUUGGUGGCCCCCAGGUUUGCUCGCUCUCCUCACGAGCCCUCAGCUGCAGCUGGUAGCAAUUCCCCCCGCCUGCAGCACAUGCAACAGUCACAGCAGGUGCAGAUGCAGCAGCAGCAGAUCGAGCAGGUGCAGCAGAUGCAACAAAUGCAGCACGUGCAGCAGUACCAGCAGGGCCCACAGUCGCACCAGAUGCACCAGAUGCAGCAUAUGCAGCAGCAGCACCACAUGCAGCAGCAGCACAUGCAGCAGCAGCACAUGCAGCAGCAGCACAUGCAGCAGCAGCACCAGAUGCAACACGUGCAGCAGUACCAGCAGGCCCCACAGGUGCAGCAGACGCGGCCUACCAGAGAGAGCAUCGCGGCAGGCCGACCCCAUACCCCAUCUCUGCACCGCUUCACCCCGUCGCUGCCUGAGCUAUCAGUGGCAGAUGCAGUGGAGGAGGAGGGGGGGGAGGGGAGCGAGGAGGGGAGUGAUGGGAGUUUCUCAAGGAGCCCAGUAGUGGCUCAGCUGCCAUGGAAGGAUGGGAAGGGAAGGCAUGGUGCGCCGAUGCAAGCUCAGAGGUUAGGUGUACCAGGCCACGCUGGGAGGCUCGGGUCACCAACGCAGGCUGGGAGGAUCGGUUCACCAAUGCAGGCUGAGAGGCUCGGUUCACCAACGCAGGCUCCAAGGCUCGGGGACACGGUUCAGGUUCGGAGAUUCUCCCCAGGUGGUGGUGGUUUUCCAGCUGGAGGUUCGGGCAGGGCCGGCGCAGAAAUCAAGGUCUGGGAGACAUCAGAAAGGGGUUUGUUGCAGGGGAAGGGCCGGUCUGUUUCUAAUAGAGAGACUGGUUAUAGGAGUAUGAGCAGCGAUAACGUCCUGGGGGAGUGGAGCGACAUUGAGGCAGAUGCUGAGUGGGUGGCGGUGGGAGGGAAGCAGGCAAACGCAAGGGAGGCUGGGGGGUUGGAUGGUGGCAGUCCUAAUUUGAGUGGUUACAGGGGUAUGAGGGGUGGUGUUGCAGCGCAUGAGGAUGUGAGGGGUGGCAGUGUGAGGGGCCAGGAGGAGGGUGUGAAGAGCACGAGGAGUGUGUUGAAGAAAAUGCUGUGGCGGUUCAAGUCAGGACCAGGUGGACAGGCAGAGGAGUCUGCCAAGGGGAAAACACCGCCACAGCAGGAGCAGGAAGAGGAGGAGGAGGCAGAGGAGGCGAGGCAAGGCGAGCAGGAGCAGGAGAGGCAUGGAGGUCACACAGUGCGUGUCUUUGCAGUAGCAUAG